CUUAGUUUUCCUGGAUCACUGCACACUUACAACAUCACAUCAGUUCUGUCAAAAGGAGGUAGGAGGGAUUUGUUAAGGUAGGGAGUUAAAUAGUAGCUCAGAUCUCAGAUAAAGCAGACCUGAGGAAAGGAACACAAGCUCAGAUGGAGGAGACAGCAGCUGACACCAAGCUUCGUUCCGCUCCUGUCUCUCAUUCCCCGUCAGCCCUCAUUGUCACGAACACUGUGUAUGGUCCCUUGUGUCCUCUCCAGAAGGAGGUCCUUGUCAUUCAUCGCUGGUUUUUGUGUUUGUUUUUGUUAAUGUUGUUUUCUUUUUUUUACUGGUUCAGCCUGCAUCCCACAUUUGGGUCCUCACCUCUACAUUCCACACACCUGUUGUGACCUGCAUUUAGUUUAUGGUGUCAGAUUUGUCACAGAUUCAUUUCACUAAACAGAGUCAUAAAUACAGGAUUCUAAACAUUACUAUGUAGUAUUUUCUAUGUAAAGAUUUAGUACAAUAAUGGCAUCCUGUGUAAAUAACAAAGUCACACCAACCUGGUAUGUGUUGUAGUUCAAGUUUCUCUGUUCAGUGUUUGGAUAACCAGUUUUGGCCUUUUUACACAAAGAAAGAAACAUAAUCUUUGCAGGAUGCAGAGUAAAUGUGAGUUUACACCUAAUGUUUUAGUCUGAACCCUGAAUUUAGAAAGUGAUUAAGGGCAAUGAUGUGGGCGUUUGUUGUGUUUGUCUCAAGUCCCAACCUGUCUGGCUGUCUGUAAAUAAAACACACCUAACUGUUUUAGUUUGAAAUCCUAUUGUGAUAUGAGUGGUUCUAGAUUUUUAUCAUUUCAUAUUUAAGUAAUUAUUAUUUUUUCAUUCAACUAAGCAUUUAUUAAAUAUACUUGAACCUCUCUUUUUCAUUUGAGAUUAAAAUGUUUUGACUGAAUGUUUUGCCCUGUAAUAGAAGAACAGAUUAGCUCUUUAGUGUCAUUGUACAUGUACAAUGACAAUUAUGGAAAAACACACUGUAACUCUGACCAAAAGAAUUUGAUACCUUUUCUUAGUGCAAUCCAGCGAAUGAUGCUCAUGAAGCUCAACAACCAGAAGAGGAUGAGGAAAAGGGCAAGACUAAAAUUAUGUCUGAAUCAACUGCAGAUAAAGACAAAGAGCUGCCUGAGCUCACAAUUGUGUUACUUGGUGACACAAAUUCUACGGAGAUUGGGCCAAACAACAUUUUACUUGACCAUGAAGAGAACUCCAAUGUGGAUCAGUUUUCAUCCAAGUUGUAUGAUAUAUGUGGUCGGCAGAUCUCUGUUAUUAAUAUGAUCGGUCUCCAAAACGUUGAUGAAAUCCCAUCAAAUCAGGCAUUUCAUGUCUUUCUCUUACUGGUACCAUAUGGUCUGCAUAGCAGCCUUUACUGCUCAGGGAUUCAGUGGCUAAAAAAGGCGUUUGGAGAAGGAUUUCUUCCUUAUGUAAUGACUGUUGUGACUCAUGAGCCAGGUGAAAACUGUGAAAGUGCACUGGCAGACCUGAAAGCUAACAGCGGUUUUACUGAAAAAAGAUUCCACACAUGUACAAGAAAUAUGACAGAUGAAGAUGAGAUAAUAGCUUUGUUAGAGAAAAUAGACAUUAUGGUCUCUGAAAACAAUCCCCACUGCUACAGUGGACUGAUGUGUGAUGAAGACAAAGAGGGGGAAGAUCAUCUGGAGCCAAACAAAAAAGAGGAUGAGAUCAGAUCUUCAGGUUUUCAGCAAAAACAAAAAGAACUAGCCUCUGCUCUUCGACAGUCGGCCUCUGCUGUUGGACGAUCAGCAUCUGCUGUUGGACAGUCAGCCUCUGCUUGUUGGACAGUCGGCCGCUGUUUUUGGACGGUUGGCCGAUGCAGUUGGGCAUUUGGUCGCUGCGGUUGGAAGGUUGGCCGCUGCGGUUGGACGGUUGGCCGUUGUUUUUGGACAGUCAGCCGUUGUGGUCGUGCGAUGAACUGCUGCCUUUGGUUGGCCACCCGCUGCUGCUGGGUGGUCGGCCACUGUGGCUGCGCAUUCAGCCGCUGCUUUUGGAAUUUCAGGCACUGGUUUUGGGCAGUCAGCCGCUGCUACUGGAAGGUCAUCCGUGGAUGCUGGAAGGUCAUUCGCUGGUGUUGGAUGGUCAGGCAGCAUUGUUGGGACUGUAUGCCACUGCUCUAAUAUCUUGUUUAUAUUUUAAAGACCAGAUUUCCAAAUUUCCAAAUGCAGAAUUUGCUUUAAACAGACUAAAUUGUUCCUGUUUUGAUCUAGAUUUUGUAUUAUAUAUGAUGUGCUAUUGUGUCCACCCAGUAGUAAUCUAUCCCAGUUGAAUUUUUGUGGAUUUUCAUUGUGUGUUUAUGUUCAUUUGUCAUAAUGUCUGCUUCCUUGUUGCCCAGGUCACUCUGGAAACUAACAUUUUAAAUCUCAGGGAAAUUUUUAUCAAAAGAAAUCAUUCAAAUUAACCAAUGGGCAGAAAUUACAACUGCGAUAAUGAUGACUAGCUCCCCUAUUUCUCUGGAAAGUUUUUUUCCUAAUAUCAUCACUUUAAUUAUGUAAAUUUCCCCCUGAGACUCAGCCUAUUCAUUAUGUCCUCUGUAGUUGACACAGAUAAACAGAAAGGUGCGUUUUUUCCCUCAGUUCUUAAGAGGUUAAUAAUGUUAAAUGAUAUACAAACACCAAAAGAUUUUGGUUUAAUCAAAUAUAUAAAACAAUACAUUUGUAGAUUUGGAAAUAAAUGUGCGUCAUUGAGUGCUGUAGUUCGCUAACUCCUUUACUUUGCAGUCUCUAAACAAAGGAUGUGUGAGACUAUAUUUAAAUAACGCCAUAUGUGAUUUCAGUCAGUAGAGGGCACUGUUUACUGUUAACUUACUUGUAGUGGCUCAGCAUACAGACAACUAAUAUUAUACAAUCAUGAGUUAAUUUACAACAGCAAGAUGCACUCCAACAACACAAACCUUCACCAAGGCAACUCACUGUCGGGGCAGUACAUACUAUUAAGGGAAUAGUGCUGUAUUUUGUAUAUUUUCAUUUUGUUUUCUUUGAUUUUUUGAAACCUUUUUCAUGUGAAUAUAGUACAUGCAUGAUAUUUAUUUCAUUCUUUAAUAAAAUUCAUUUAAAUGUUUAAUAAUAAAUAUUAAAAGUAUGCAUGAGAAUUCUACAUGUAUUCAAACGGUUAUGUAUCUAAACACUUAUAAUCUGUUACUGUUGUGUACAUAACAAAGUCAUAAUAAAAAUAAAUGUUACCAAAACAAA